AGCAGCAGCGUCGCGAGGCUACAAGCAGUAGUCCCGAACUGUUACUGUACAAGGUGCUUCAUGCGCGCACACCUUGCACCUCCUCCUUUUUGCAACGCAUGUCCCGGGCGCAGCUCAGACGUAGAGGCUGCGUGUGGAUUCCAGGAACACCAGGAACAGCCCAGGACCCCCAGACACGAAUCCACGGUGAAGCCGAGGAGAGCUUGAACAUCAUUGCUGCUGGCGAUUCUAAACCCGGGAUGCGGGGGUCUUUAUGAAUGAACAGAAAGAGAGGGGGGGAACCCGAAUAUUGCUACGGCGUGCCUGAGACAUGCGUUAUAGGAGUCGAUCCACUUUAAGGUCAUACUGUAGUCACUGUGAAGUCGACCUAGAGAAGUAAAGAGAAAGAAGAGAGCCAUAGCUUUGGGAUAGUGAGGGACGGAUUGUCUUUGUUGGAUGCUGCGAUGACGAUCUUAUUGGCCAUUCCGUUUUUAGUCCUGGUCGUAGCCAUGACGAUGACCACAUGCGCUCAGACGGAGAUGAAGCGAGUCGUCGGGGACAACGCCACGCUGCCCUGCCACCACCAGUACUGGCCUGGCGACGAGCCCACCCUGGACAUCGAGUGGCUCCUCCUCAAGCCCACCAACAGGCAGAGGGUGCUGAUCACCUACUUCGCCGGCCGGGUGUACGACCCCAACGAUGCGGACCGGGGACGCAUGGGCUUCGGCGGGGACUACCUGAGGGGGGAUGCCUCGCUGCUCAUCAGCGACCUGACCCUCACCGACUCUGGGGAGUACAGCUGCAAAGUGAAGAACGGCGGGAAGUACGAGUGGACCACCAUCAGCCUCAUAGUGCUGGUGAAGCCCUCCAAGCCGCGGUGCUGGAUGGAGGGGAAGCUGCUGGAGGGGGCCGACGUGAAGAUGAGCUGCAAGUCGAGCGACGGCUCGGACCCCGUCCUCUACAAGUGGGAGCGUCUGAUGGACAAGGGCAAGUACGCUGGCAAGCUGCCCCCGAUGGCCCUUCUAGACUUGAAAAAUCCUGAGAUCGUGACUCUGAAGAACCUGACCAAGGAGAGCGCUGGCGUGUACAAAUGCACAGCGAGCAACGACGUGGGAGAGGAGAGCUGCGUCGUGGAGGUCAAGAUGCACUACGUGCGCGGGAUGGGCGUGGUCGCCGGGGCCGUGGUGUGCGUGUCCUUUGGCGUGCUCCUCAUCAUCCUCACCGUGUGGCUGGUGUUCCGCAAGAAGGAGAUGAAGAAGUACGAGGAGGAGGAGACGCCCAACGAGAUCAGGGAGGACGCAGAGGCCCCCAAGGCCAAGCUGGUGAACCCCAACUCCCUCUCCUCCUCCCGCUCCGGCAGCUCCCGCUCCGGCACCUCCUCCACCCAGUCCAUGGUGCACGGGGCCCCGCCUCCGCCGCCGUCCCAGCAGCCCCGCGCCCAGCGGCCCUGCGUGCCCGCCGUGGCCGCCCUCCGGGAGGGGAAAGCCGGCCAGCCCCAGCCCCCGGCCUACCUCCAGCACCCCGGCCACACCCUGCCCCCCCACGGCCACGCCCACGCCCCGGGCCCCGCCAGGACACCCGAGCCCCGGGCGGCCGUGCCGGCGCUGACCCCGCCCCCCUCCUCCUCCUCCAACAACACGGCCGGCUCCCACCUCGACCCCCGGCCCAAGGCCGGGCCCAACCCCAAGCUCAGCCCCGCCAACCUGGCCCGCAUGGGGGCCAUGCCCGUCAUGAUCCCCGCCCAGUCCAAGGCCUUCCAGACUGUGUAGGACCUGGAAGACCCGACCAGGGGAGGGAGAGAGAGAGAGAGAGAGAGAGAGAGAGAGAGAGAGAGAGAGAGAGAGAGAGAGAGAGAGAGAGAGAGAGAGAGAGUCAGAGAGGGUGGGAUAGAGUGUCAAAGAGAGCAAGAGAGAGUAGAAGAGUCUCAGAGGGAGAGAGAGAGAGAGAGAGAGAGAGAGAGAGAGAGAGAGAGUGAGUAAGAGAGAUAGAGAGAGUGAGAGAGAGCGAGGCAACAUUCAGAGGAAGAAUUCAGAAGGUCAGGGCUGAGAUCAACCCCAAUUUACUUUGAGAGGGAGACGCCGAUAACAAUCUGCUACUAUUAUCUACAUUCACGCCUUGCCACCAUUUCAAAACUCGCCCCCAACCCCCACCCCCUCCACCCGCAGUGGGAAUUACACUCAGCGCUAUUGGUGGACUUUGAGUUCUCUCUUUGCGUAACACACCCCCGCGGAGACACACGCGCAGUUUAACAAGCGAUGCGAGCCGACGACUCGCUUCAUCGCCUCAUUUCAUCGUUUGUCAAUUGAGAUAAAGUUUUUGUUUUGUGGCUCCAUGGGCUGAGCUGGUUUAAAGGGAGGAGUGGGAGCAUGGACCCAAAACAAAGCAAUGACUAACAGAUGCUAUCGCUGCUCCUCCUUUGCAGUGCUGGGACUAUGGCCGACCAUUGCUGCCUAAUAGAAGCAGAGCCGUCCCCGUCGACACAACGUCCAUUCAGGCUGAACAAAGACACCUGGCUUAAUACGCAGAUAUCAUCUGACUGUCACUAUCCUGUCCUCCAUAUUCCUCUAGGUUGAUUUAUGUGUGUGUGCGUGUGUGUGUGUGUGUGUGUGUGUGUGUGUGUGUGUGUGUGUGUGUGUGUGUGUGUGUGUGUGUGUGUGUGUGUGUGUGUGUGUGUGUAUCUGCGUGUGUCUGUGUGUGUGCGUUUGUGUGUGUACGUGCAUGCUUACGUGUGUGUGUGUUUGUGUGUAUGCGUGCGUGUGUGUGUAUGCUAAUGUGUCUGCCUCUGCGUGUGUGCGUGUGUGCCUGUGUGUCUAUGUGUGUGUAUGUGUGUAUGCUCGAGCUCACCAUAGAUGGUCCCCUGAUUGUACAAUGUAAUGUUAAUGAGCCCCAAUUCAUCUUCUAUCAGCACAGUUAAGCAUCCACUGCAAGCAUGGAUGGAUACAAGCUGGUUUCCCGUGACUUGAGAACUGGGGAAUUACCAGUGCUCAUGUACAGAUGUUCACGGUGAACCAUGUCCUCCUCUUUUUCUCUGUUUUUUAACCUUGUCAUGAGGGAAGGAGGAUGGGUUACUAGACUUCAUAUUUCAAGACUCCCACGAUUUCCUAUUUCCUAAACAAAAGUGAAGAAUUUCCCAAUCACUUUAAGUGUGCAUGCAACACACAUCACUGUCAAAUACUUCAGUAUUGUUAAGAUUGUCAAAGCGUCUGAUCAAAUACCUUUCGAAAAAGUGCCACUUAUGGUCCAACCAAUUUUUAUUUUACAUAACAGAGCAUUUCUUUAUAUUCCAGAGUAACUUUAAGAAUGUGAAGAGAUAAUUAACAUAUACAGUUGUGUAGUUUUAUUUUUAUUUGUAGAAGUCGGACUUGAAAGUGGCUCAUGGGAGAGCUCCGAUAACACAACACAGGCCUGAAGCAUAUCAGGCCAAACGUCUUUCAACAGUGCCUUGUGAGACACACGGUAACCAAAACUCACCAGAGUUUUGGUUAGAUCGAAUGCAUGCGUUUAUGUGAACACAAGCAAAUCAGGACAAACCCAGCCGUUCUCAGGUGGCACAGGAUACUCAUCAAGGACAACAAGGUGCUUAAUGGUAAGAGUGCCCCCCCAUUUUACAGAACCAUAAGACUGAAGAGAGUAGACUGCCACGCUGCACACCUGACAGCAGGUUGUCUCCGCUCCCAAGGGUCUCAGCGACCCGGCGAAUCAGUGAACAAGGUGAUAAAACCUCCCCAUUGUUCUUGAGUGCGACUUCUAUUUCCAACAAGCCAUUCAUGUAUGGUUGCAUGUACCUCUUCACGCACAACCUCUGAUUGCACAAACCUACUAAUCAAACGCCAUCCUCCUCCUCCUCGCUCCGGUUCAGAGGGAGAGGGAGGCAGGUUGUCAUUGUGUUGAUGAUGCAGUGGAGGAGGUGUGGGAGCUAUAGGGCCCGGAAGUGUGCAUAGCAAUUAAGCCUGAACCUUAAUAUAGAAGCCAAGGCUCCUUUCUGAGGGUUGAUGUUCCGACUGUUUCCAAGGAGCUACCGCUGAAGUGAAGAGCAUCAGGUGACUUUAAGUCGACUAACUCGUGACUCAAAACAGAAAUUUAAGUGGAAGUUGAAGUGAUUGCAUUUUGUACAUUUCAGAAGGAUUGUGUUGUCAAAGGUAAAUGGCGUGACACCCAGGGGGUGUAGUACGUCCAGCUUCUUGGUUCAAGGUUGCUUUCGGUAUCUCGAUUCAAAACAACUUAUUUCAUCCUGUCAUCUAACCAGUGCCAUGCCAUUGGUCAUUUUCUAAAAAAAAGGGAUGUGAUCGUGGGGGAGAAGGCAAAGAGAUGCAUGAAGGGAUAUGUUGUCCAAGCUCUGUAGUUUCCAAUCUCCCCAUCCUCUGGCAGAAUCAGAGAUUCAAGGGACUCUCGUGAAAACCUUUAAUAACUGGGAUUGGAAUACUUCUGAAGAUACUGCCAGGGAUUCCCCCAAGUCCUAUUUUCCGCAUUUGGAAUGUGGCACUACGUAGUCAGGUGACCAAACAAUUCCAGUAAUUGGCCAUAUUCCCCUAUCAGCCUUCUUGGUUCAAUCUUGGUGGCUGGGUUGGGAAAAUUGUGGUGGAAUUUUUCCUUCGCUUCCCCCUACUCAAGUCAGAACCUAGCACAACCAGUAGAGCUACUAGGCCACUAAAGGGAAAAGUGCCGAAUUGUUUCCUAAAUAGCCGAUGGCAAUACUGGCUCUAGAUAGCAUGCAGCCUGACUGUUAUGCCCCGUCGGUGCUCGUACAGUUUGGAGAAUGAAGUUGUGUGUAAAGGAGCCUAUCAUCGCUCACCCAGGGCUGGCUACACGGUUUCCUUAAUAACAUUUUCCCCCAACCAGUAAACAACUCUCUUAAAACCCGUGAUCUCUCUAGGCUGUUUCACACAUAGCAAAUAGGUAACAGGAUGGAUCGCUGUGCCUCGAAUGCUGGAUCAAAUUAACAUUAAAAUGCUGCAAUCAUUGCUCAGCUCAGUCAUAGGCUGCUUCUAGAUUAAAUGAGGGGGACAUAAUGUUUGUUUAUUUGCUUCCCUGGAUCAAUCGUUAAACCAUGUGAGCCAGGCGAGGGAGAUGAAGAGAUGGUGAGAAGUUUAUUAUAUCCCCUGAUUAAGCGAAUAUGAUGUGCAAUUGCCCGUACUGCAACUGAAAGGCCAAGUGACUGAUAAGGGUCAAAUUAGUCAGGGGAGAUAAUUGAAAUCUGAAAUCUUUAACGACCUGUGUUGCGGAAACCAGCCUGUAGGGGCAAUAUAACCGCAUAUUUCAUAUUUUUUUCUUUGCAACUUUAACUCUAUUAGCUACUUAUUUCAAAACUAAAGUUGACCCAGCCCAACUUGUUUAUCCAUGCGGGAUGACAUUAUUAGGAGCAUAUUUUUCACAAGAAUUACAUUUCACACCCAUUCACACAAAAUUUAAUUAAUGAAAAGCUAUUGUAGACCAGGCAGAAUACGUUGCUGGUAAACACAUCAUACCACCUCCGGGAAACAAAAGUAAUCAACUCUCCAUUGAUGCCUCCACAGUAAAUAGGAACACUUUUGACUGUAUGCGUCCAGUCAACGCAGAGAAUGACCGCAGGUCCUUAUGAUAUUGAUAGUAUUGGAAUGCAACAUAAAGGUUAAGCAAAACAUGUCGGCCUACGUAUGGAAAAGAAUCCCUGCAAAGCAGUCGAGUCAUGAUUAUAUGCAUGUCACAGAAAAAUUAUAUAUAAGUAUUUUUUUUGCCUCAAAACUUAUAUAAAUGAUAUAGUAACAAUGAUAUUAUAAAAAAUAACAUAUAAUGGUUAUACAAUGCAAACUGUAAAUUCAUCCAUAUUUUGAUAUUCAACUGAUUAUGGGUUUAUUUUUGUUGUCAAGCAGUAUUAUAUGCGUAUAUGCGCUCAUGUCAUCGCGAUCUUGUGCAAAGGUCCCACAAAGAUCCCUUCAUGCCGUCCCUGAAGGACCCUCUUCUUCAUGUGCUUCCUUGUGCCCAACGAUGAAACAUCACCAGGCUUUUGUUUUGACUGGGGGAAAACCAAAAGACGCCAUGUAUAUAAAUCACCUAUCCUGUUGAAUAUGUAUAUUUGUACAGUAUCUACAUUCAUUUUUUUGGUUUGUUUUCUAAUAAAAUCAUGUCGGCAUCACC